UGACUUGCCGAUGAUUCGAGCCCUCUGCCCGGCGCGAGGUGGGCGAGGUGGUCUUGACCGGUCAUGACCGCGAAGGACCGCAAACCAGUCUUGACCGGUUAUGGGACCGGGGUCCGGUCCUGUCUCACGAGGACCGUUUGCGCAGUCCGGUCCGCUCCAAAUAAAUACGAUCCCGUCUGGUCAUGGUCCCGGUCCCCUCACUCGGGGGUCCGAAAACCGGACUUGACCGGACCCUGCAGCACUACCCGGGUGACCGGCGGUGGUCAAGAGUGUGGUGUCAACGUUGGCUGACGAUGCACGUCGCGUAGGUCAAUGUGUUCCCGUACCCCAAAGCAGACGUCUAUGUGGCGGAUCCGCAGAUUGUCAAGGAGAUGAUCGGGUCGCGGGCGCGGUUCCCGAAGCCGACCGAGGCGUACGAGCUGCUCAAGGCGUUCGGGACGAACAUCAUCGCGACCGAGGGCGACGAGUGGAAGCACCAGCGCAAGAUCGUCGCCCCCGCCUUCUCGGAGAGGAACAACAGACUCGUCUGGGACGAGACCGUCCACAUCCUCGAAGACGUCUUCCAGAACGAGUGGGGAGACAAGGAGGUUGUCGACGUGAAGCACAUCAUGGAUCUCACCGUGCCGAUCACGCUUCUCGUCAUCGGGGUGGCAGGCUUCGGCCGCCGCAUCUCCUGGAACGAGGACAAGAUCGCGCCUCCGGGGCACAGCAUGACGUUCAAGGAUGCGCUGUACGAGGUGUCUCAUCGGCUGUGGAUGAAGGUCGUGUUCCCCGACUGGAUGCUGGGCUUGGGCACGCCUACCAUGCGGAAGUUUCUGCGCGCGAACAGGGAGCUUGAGAGAUACUUGACCGAGAUGGUGGAGGCGCGGCGAUCUGCGGAGGUCAAGGAGGAACGGUACGACCUGUUCAGCAGCUUGCUGGACGCGAACGAAGAAGAACUAGAUAGUGGGGCGAAGCUCUCGAACAGCGCACUGAUUGGUAACGUCUUCCUGUUCUUGGUCGCGGGCUACGAGACGACAGCGCAUACGCUCGCCUACGCCUUCAUUCUGCUCGCGCUGCAUCAGGAAGAGCAAGAGGCAUUCUACCAGAACAUCAAGUCUGUCCUCCCAGCCGAUCGGAAAUCGACAUACGAAGACUUCAGCUCGCUCUCCUACUCGCUCGCCGUGAUGAACGAGACCCUCCGCUGGUUUCCCCCCGUCGUCUUCAUCCCCAAGGUUAACGUCGAAGACACCACUUUCACGCUCACCUCACCCACCACCGGCGAGAAGCGCACCGUCCCCGUCCCGGCCGGGACCUACUGCUCAAUCUGCACGCCCGCGCUGCACCACAACCCGCGCUACUGGGACGCGCCCGAGGCGUUCAGGCCCGCGCGCUUCCUGGGCAGCUACAACCGCGACGCGUUCCUGCCGUUCAGCGCGGGCGCGCGCGGGUGCAUCGGGAGGGGCUUCGCGGAGACGGAGGGUGUCGCGGUGCUGACGAUGAUCGUCGUGCGGUACAGGGUGGAGGUGAAGGAGGAGGCGCGGUUUGCAGGGGAGACGUUCGAGCAGAGGAGGGCGCGGUUGCUGAAGAGCCAGCAUAGCUUGACGGUCUAUCCUGAGCGUGCUCCACUGGUGUUCAAGCGGAGAUAGGCCCUCUGAGGGAGAACGAUGGCUGCUGAAAGGGUUUCCGUGCGUGUCCUGUCUUCUGUAGUUCUGAGUCAUGUUGAUAUAAAUAUUUAAGCGCAUGCGUUGCGCGACCGGAGUGUACACGCAAACGUUGACUAUCGACUAGCUAGUCCGAUACU